AACAAAUAUAUAAAUGUCAUAUUUGAAAUAUUAGAUACUAUUUUAGUAUUUUGUAAUAAACAAUUCUCUCUUAUACACAGUAACAUCAUUAGAUUCCAAUGAAUAAGUUUUAUUUUAUUUUGGUCUGGUUUUCUAAUUUAGGAACCUAACAACUAGUUAUGAUUGUCUUUGUUAUUAAUAUAUCUCAGAUUUCCUAAGAAUCAAAUCAGGGCUAGUUCUGAAAUGGAUAAAGAAAGAUUUUCUCUACUACAGCUGGAUCCUGGAGAAAUAUAUUUUGAGGACUUCAGUGUUAUUUUUAUACCCGCAGGAACAACAAAACGUUCUUAUGAUUCUAAAAAACAGGAUGGUAGAUUGAAAAUGUGUUCUAAAUCUUUAGUAUUUGAUCCGAAAGAUAUCACUAAACCUUUACUGAAAAUACCAUUGAAAGAUUGUACUGUUAUAGAGCACUGGAAAGGUAGUUCAAAAUUUAUUGACAGUAAGAAUGUACUGGCUGUGAAUUCAAAAGAAUACAUUGAAAUGUUUGAGAGCAAUAUAAUAGCUCCAUAUGCUUAUCAAGGACCAGCUAAUUUUUUAUUCAUUUUGAAGUAUGGUAACAUAAUUAAUUGUCUACCUCAAAUAUGUCAGUUGCAUAGAGCCAGUAGUCUGCCAGCAGCAGAACAAAUUGAUAUGAUAGCUACUAUAGUUCAUUCAAGACAAGCAAGAGUUAGUUUUGAUCAACUUUGGUUAGAUUUAUAUGAAAAAGUUAUAUUAGAAACGCAAGUUGAUAAAGUGACUCCUUUAGUGGUGAAUCCAGGACGUAUUUUACUGUCAACUUCAAGGAUAUUUUUCCAGCCUUAUAAUAAUGUUGAGUCACAUCCUGUUAUCAAAAUAAAUCUUAACAGUAUAAAACAGAUUCUUAAGAGGAGAUUUCUACUUCGUCAUACAGGCUUAGAAAUUUACUCCAAUGAAAAUAGCCUCAUACCACAUAUUUACGUUUCAUUUUCAAGUCAGAAGGAAAGAGAUAAUUUUCAUGAUGAACUCAUAAAACAACCUGAGUUCAAAUUGAGCGAAAUUACCCCCAGAGUUAUGACUCUUCAAUGGCAGAAUGGCAUUAUUUCUAACUAUGAGUAUUUAUUAUAUAUUAACAGUUUAGGAGACCGCACAAUCAACGAUCUUACACAGUAUCCUAUCUUCCCAUGGAUCAUAUCAAAUUAUUCCAGUGAAAAACUUGAUCUUAAUAAUACUGAAAACUAUAGAGACCUCUCCAAACCAGUGGGUGCAUUGAAUCCCUCAAGACUUCAGAAGCUCAUAGAACGUUAUGAAGAGAUGGCAGACAAUAAAUUCCUAUAUGGAUCACAUUACUCUACGCCAGGUUUCGUAUUAUUUUAUUUAGCUAGAUUGUAUCCUCACUACGUUCUGUGUCUCCAAAGUGGCAGGUUCGACCAUCCAGACAGGAUGUUUAAUUCCUUAUCCGAUGUUUAUAAAAAUUGUCUCAACAAUAUGUCAGACUUCAAGGAAUUGAUACCAGAAUUUUAUGACACAACACAAGAAGGGAAAUUCUUAGUUAACAACAUGGGAAUCAAUUUUGGAUAUAGAUAUAAUGGCAUGAAAGUUGGUGAUGUCGAGCUCCCACCAUGGGCAACAAAUGCUAAGGAUUUGGUGCAGAAAUUGAGGGAUGCAUUAGAAAGCGAUUUAGUUUCAGAUAAUUUACAUAAUUGGAUAGAUCUUAUUUUUGGUUAUAAGCAACAGGGUGAAGAAGCCAAAAAAGCCAAUAAUCUUUUUUACUAUCUGUGCUAUGAAGGAAAUGUUAAUCUAGAUUUGAUCACCGACUUGAAUCAAAGACAUGCUUUGGAGGUGCAAAUCAUGGAAUUUGGGCAGAUACCGAAACAAGUAUUCACUGUACCACAUCCAAGGAAAAAAUCGAAAUUACUACUAUUUAAAGAGCCUUUUGACUCUGAAAGAAAGGCAACUCCUCAAGAAAAAUGGUUGAGCAUGUCUGAAAUCGAAGCUAUUGUUUGCUUCAGCACUCAUAAAAAUACGGUUGGUGCUAUUUUCAUAGCUAAGGACCAGAAUAAUAUUGUAUCAGUUGGACAUGAUUCGAAACUGAAAGUGUUUUCUAUCGAGUCUAAAAGACAGAUUCGGAGUGCAAAUAUAGGCCACAUGCCACUAAGUAGUUGUGUGCAGUUGCCAAAUCUCAACAUAUUAGUCGUGGGCAGUUGGGACAAUCAAAUAGUAUUAUAUGACUUAGACUAUGGUAAAAUAACCGAAACAGUAUUUGCUCAUGAAGAUGCCAUAACAUCUCUAUCUUGGGGUGAAACUUCUAAUCUUCUAGUAUCCGGUAGUGGAGAUUGUACUGUAAAAGUAUGGAAGGGUUUGAAUACAGAUGGUGUUAUUAAACCUAUUCAAUGUCUUUAUAAACAACUUGAUCACAAUAGUCAAGUUAGCUGUUUAGUAUUUGACCAGGAUAAUGUACAUCUUGCUGUUGGUACUGAAGAUGGUGAACUUUAUAUUUGGAAAACAUCAGACUUUUCUUUGCACAAAAAGUAUAAAGUGGAUUCUUGCAUAAAAUGCAUCGAUUAUAGUCCAGAUGGGACUAAAUUAGCACUAGGAGGAAUGGAUAAAGUAUUUCAAAUCAUAGAUACUACCACUGGAUUGGCAGUGUUCAGGAAAUCUUUGAAUGCUGGUUUAACAUCAAUGAAAUGGAGUAAAUAUCUUCUCAUUGUAGGAUGUGAAGAUGGUCGUUUACUCAUUUGGAAUAUUGUUGAAGUGAAGAUGCUUUAUGAAUUCAAAUCACAUAAAGGUGCAGUUACUACAGUAGAUAUUGCUAAAGACGAAUCAUUUAUAUGUAGUGGAGGGGAAGAUCAUCAAGUAAAAGUUUGGCGCCCAAAUAAAGGCUGAACUGUGUUAUUCCUUACUAUAUAUGAUUGGAUUUUUGAAUUUUUAUAUAUAGUGUAUUUUAUUAAAAUUCUAUAUUUACAUUUCUA